AUCUAAUUAAGGGAGUGGCGCCAUGGAUUCGACCACAUCCUUCCCACCCACCACUUACUAUCUUUCCUCUGCUUUACCAUGUCCAAACUCUAUUCCUGACUCCACUCUCCUAUCUUUGCUCUCCGCUUUCACUUCCACUCUCUCUCUAGAAUUCCUUUCUCUCUCUACAAGAUUCACCAUGCUUGAUGACUCUGUAUCUACUGUUUAUUCUUCAAUCUGGACAUCCAUGAAUAGCUGGUUCACUCCCACUAUUCUUUUUGUUCUUCUCAAUGUUAUGAUUGCUACCAUUGCUUUUACUUCUUCCUUCGCUAACCAAAAACAAACUCAUCCUAAACAACAACAAGAACAAGAACAAGAACAACAGCCUACUAAACUUGCUAGAUCUCCUUCACUUCUUCAACGCAUCAAAUCCAUAAAUUUCUCAAAUUACAGAUCUCAAGAACACGUUAAAGAUUACAACUUUGACCAAACCCAUCAUCAACAAGAAGAAGAAACCCCUUUUGAACCACCAACACAUUACAUUUUUGAACCAGCACCUGAACAAACUACCAUAGAACCAGAUACCAGUGCUCAGUAUAUUUUCAAUCAAGAAAAUAUUCAAAAGCAGCAAACCCAGUACGAUUUCCAACAAACCCAUCAAGAAAAUCUUCAAGAAUCUCAGACCCAAUACCUUUUUCAACACACCCACGAACAAAAACCUAAAAAUGUAGAUCAAGAUUUCAACUUUAACCCAACCUAUGAGCAAAAAAAUGAAAAUAUGAACACCCAUUUUGAUUUUAAGCCAAUCAACGAAGAAAAUGAAGAAGAAGAAGAAGAAGAAGGAGGAGGUGAGUUUAAGAGCUUAGAUGAAGUGUACAGUCAGUUAACCAGCGAACGCCACGUGUCAAGGAGCAGAUCAGAUACAAAGCCAUAUUCAGGUGAAGCUCAAGUGAAGUUACCAACAAAGAUGAAGAAAUCAGCAAGUAUGAAAUCACCAUUUGCACAUUUUGAAGAAGAAGCUAUUGUUGAAGCAAGAAGACCAGCUACUACAAAGGAAAGGAGUGCUAAUGAAGACAAUGAAGUUGAUGCUAAAGCUGAUGAUUUUAUUAAUAAGUUUAAGCAACAGUUGAAGUUGCAGAGGUUGGAUUCUAUUUUAAGGUACAAGGAGAUGAUUGGCAGAGGGAGUUAAAAGGUAAAAUUCUCUGUUUUCUGAGGGGUUAAUUUGAAGUUUUUGAUUAGUUUUGGGGGCUGUUUGGAGAAAUUGGAAAAAACUAAGAUUGUGAUGGGGAUCUAAUGAAAGUUCAAAUGGGGGGUUAUGUGGAUGGGCAUUUUAGUAAUUUUACAACUACAUUGCAAAUGUAUGGUUUGCAGUGUCUGAAAAUGGGGCUCAUUGUGUUGUUGGAGCUAAUUUCAGUGUACUGUGAAUUUAGUCCACAUUUUAAACUCUCUGUUCAAAUAGGUCAUCUUUUUUUUAAUUUCCUUCAACAAAUGUCCUCAAAGAAAAUCUCCAAUCCUUUUUUUUUUUUUUUUUAAUGUUUCUGAUGUACUUUUCGCAAUUUUAUUAUUUCUAAUGACUGUUUAUGGUGAAGAAAAGAUCAAAAGACUGGCCCAUCCAUAGAUUUUAGGGUCUGUAUUUGUGUUAGUAUCAUAUAUAUAUAUUUUCAUUUUUUCA